AGGUGGUCCCGAUGCUCCCUUCAGCUCCUCAGGAAGAAAAGGUAGGUUCUUGUGUCCGUCCGGGAGGUCCUUGGUCCGGCCACCGGACGGUAACAUAAACCAGCCAAAUAGUGAUUGAAAAGGGAGAGACUCAGAAAGUUCAGUUCUUGUUUCGUUUAGUUCUUAGUAGAUUAAGAUUUAUGAAUUGAAGUGAGGAUCUUUCAACUUUGAGUCACAUUGUAAGUAAAGCACUUUCCAUGAGGGGAGUAAAUAAUAAAAACCGCGUACAGCGUUCAAGCUAAACAUAUUGCCCGAGACUUUCCCAGUAGCGCUGCACUUUAUUAAUUAAGUAGUGAACAAGAAGGCCAUAAAAAGGAAGCUUUUAUCCGUCCGAUUGGUUUCAUUAGAGAGCUUUAGCAAAGUAAAACAAUUCAAGCAAUGGGUUUUAACAGCACAACCGACUCUGCACGGACUGCACUAGUCUGCUACACACCCGUUUUUAGUGUCUUCCCGCAACGCUCCUCCCCACAAACGGUGUAGCAGACUAGGACUGCACGUGCAUGAUGACACACGCUUUUCAGUCGGAUUCAUUUGCCGUAGCCUGAAUUUCAUCCGAUUGCUUCGAGUCGUUUUCACCUCUCAGCAACGUCUGAAUCGACUGGCCGUUGAUGAAGUCCAGUGACCUCAUCACUACCGGAAAACCGGAUAGUGAUUUUGAUUGGUUGAUUGUCUAAACAUUCGCAUAAUUAUGCGUAAUUAUGAGAACUUUUAGCGGGAUUGUCACGCAACGGAGUAGUGACGUCACUGAGCGGCAUUAACGGCCGGUCGAUUCAGACGUUACUGAGGGAGUAAUAAUGCAUCAAUCAAUUCCAGCUGCGCUCUAAGAUAAGAAACACUCAUUUACGUCUUUUUCGUCCGGACCUAGGACCACAUACUGUACCUUCAUUUCUAAGUCGUUUGAAAAGCCUGAGUUUUAGUCCGGUCCCGGGAAUCGAACCCACGACCUCCCGAGAGUUUGUUCGCUGUAUUCUUUAGAAAAAGCCGUUCGCUAGAUUCUUAAGAAAAAGUUGGCUUUUAGUACCCAUACCACCAUUUGCGCCGACGAUCAAGGGUGUGAAAGUACCCAUUUCUAAAUUUACAACUCUUUUUUGGUUUUUUCUCUUCUUUUCCUGUUUUUGUUCCGUAAAGAUGGUGAGGGUACUCUUGUUCUGGCUGCUACAUGAGUUAACGUGAGUCACUCGUACUUAAAAAAUUACCGUAACUCCUCAUGUCCAGAAUCCUUCCGCCUUGAUGUCUAGCUGUGCAUCAGGACUCGUGUUAGUAGACCUCAGAUGGAAUUGCUCAUUGUUAAGUGUGGUUUUAAAAUUGACUGAUCGUAGGCGCGAAGAGCAUGGAUCGAUGUUGCGACUGUGGAGCGGUGCGGCAACUGUUGCCGCUACGGACUACAGCCACCUGUUCCUGAAAUUAAUACUGUACUUGUAACAUUUAUUUUUGUUAAUUAGUUUAUUUGUGCUGAAAUACGCAUUUUGCAACAACUGGCCAAAGACUUGCACCACGGUUCCCGGUUUUCACAAUAUUUUGGACGUUCAAACCGUCCUUCACGGGGAAAUAAAUAUAGCUUCACUCUAAGAUGCCGCGAUGAACUGCUUCAUAUCCAUUUUCGCAUGGUACAACCUUUGCAAUCUCGGAUGAAUUCUUACAUAAGGUUCAUUGAAAAGUUUUCCAAUGUCGGUUCUCCAUAUAAGCUCAUAUAUAACUUGUUGUUUUCUCUCCAAAUUCAACAGUGACCGUGCUUCACUAGUUCUCUGACAAAUAUUCAGUAAAAAUACUACCUGACUAAUCUUUGAAUUAACAGAUCUUUCCAUCACAGCCAACAACACAUUGCCAAUUUGUAAAAGAUCCCUUAAGCAGUAUUAUUUUAUCGAGUCUUAGUCCCUCUCGUGCCUAGUUACCUCUCUUUGUAAUUUUUUCUUCUAUCUUAGAGAAAAACGGAUAGACACUACACGACAGUUUUUCACUCUUUUGCAGGCAGUUGUUUUAAAUGGAGCAGCUUCUGUAAAACAAAGGCAACCAGAAGAGCCAGGUACAGGGAACGAUCCUUGUAGGAAAAUUGAUGUUGUUACAAUAGGUGACGAGUGGGGCUCGACGCAUGGUGGCAUGUCGACCAUGAACAGAGAAAUUGCCAUUAAUAUGGCAAGCCAACCUGAUGUUUGUGUCACUUUCCUUAUUGUGGGCGGUUCAUGCAAUAUAGAGGAGAAGAAGGAAGCCAAAAGCAAGAGAGUUGAGAUUUUAGUAGCUGAAAACAAUUCAGAAGAGUAUUGCAAAAUGAUUCACAAUUUUUACCCGAAGAAAGAUCUUGGAAGGUUAAUUGUUGUGGGCCAUGGCAAGUUUGGAAAAGAUGCGCAGAAUAUUCGCAACAAAUGCGACUGUAAGUUGAUGCAUGUUUUGCACACUCCCAGCUUAAGCCUAGGGAUGCAGAAAACCGAUGACUUGGCGAUUCGCAAAGGAGAAGAGAAAGAUGCUGCUGAAUUGGACAUGCGCAAAGCGGCUGAUCUUGUCAUGGCAAUUGGCCCCUUAUUGAGGAAUGAAGGUACCCGAUCACUAAGUGGGACCGGAAAAAUGGUCAUCGAGUUUACUCCAGGCAUACUUGAGGAAUUUAAAGACAUCGAACGCUCAGCAACAGAGUUAGACGAUUUCAAAGUCAUUUUGGUCGGCCGUGAUGACGUUAAUGACUUUGAGGCAAAGGGAUACGACAUUGCAGCCAAAGCAUUUGCUGACGGUGAGCUGAAAAAUAAACCAUAUAAACUUCUUUUUGUUGGAGCAAGCGAAAAAAGUCAGGGAGGAAAGAAAAUAAAAGAAUCCUUCCGUGAUUGGGGAAUGAGUGAUGUCCAAUUGGAAGUAAAACGGUUUGCAAGCAGAAAGGCACUGAAAGAAGAGUUUAGAAUAGCGGAUCUUGCUAUAAUGCCAUCCAGAGUGGAAGGGUUCGGCCUGGUUGGUCUUGAAGCUUUGUCUGCCGGACUGCCUCUUCUCGUAAGCUCUCAGACUGGAUUUGCUAAGGCAUUAGAAAAGGUGGAAUUUGGUGACUUAGUCAUAGUCAGAAAAUUCGAGGAUCCGGCCGAAUGGGCUAAGAGAAUUGCAGACGUUAGAAGAAAGAAUAAAGCUCAGCGUCUUCAAGAGAUCCAAUAUCUUCGGAAAGCGUAUGAAAAAAUGUACAGCUGGAAUAGAGAGUGCGAAAAGGUUGCAGAAGAGAUGGCUAGUGUGAUCUUUGGUAAGUCUUUCUUAAAUGUUCCUUUCAUGUGUGCAUGGAGAUAGAUUUCCUACUUAUAAUUUUUUUCGCCGAAUUACACCUAAUUUUGUUUAAACCCUAUCUUGCCCAGUGGGAUAUGGGCGGGUGAAUGGGUGUCUGCGAGUGUCUACUUCUGGAGGCAAGUGUUAACCCUCGGACGUACAAGGUUGCCCCCCCCCCCACCACCCCUUAGAUUUUUCUGAGUUUUUUCUUGGAAAAUAAAACAUCAGCAACUGAUGUUUUCAGUAGUUGUUCGUUUAUUCCUCAAGCGCAUUUUAAGACAAGUUCAGUGAUGGUCAAUUUCUAUGGUUGCGAGAUAACAACACAUAUGACGUCAUAAGUAGCAGCUGGUCAAGCAAUUUUUGAGUGAAAAUACGUGUUUUUUCAACUUCUUUCACCAAUAAUUUAUUCAUGUGUUAUUUUUCACGUCUAGCACAAAAAAUUACCAUUUCUCGUGGGUUUAACCUAAUUUCUGAUUCUUGGUAAAAUCCAAGAUGUCGCCCAAGAUUGUUGGUGACGUCACAGACCUCCAGCAGCGCCACCGCCCAUAAAAGAUACCUCAUCUUGUUGAGAAGGCUUUCCACUGAAGGCAAAAUCGUUUCGAAAUACUACAACAUAUCAAAAACUCUUAGGAAGUGUUUUAUCCAACUCCCUCUCCCCCCCCCUGUACCGUGGUGGGGGUAUGAAUUUGCGUGUAGGUCCGAGGGUUAAGAUACAACCUGCAAGAAAACUCAACUGUGUGUUGCCGAGGUUUUUUCGUAAUAUCUUUGGAGUAUUAAGUUACCCAAACGAAAAUUGCUGAAUCGAAAAUAAAAAUCUGAUUAAACUAAUAAUGUAAUGUCGAAAUAUCGGCAUUAAUUACAUUGGUAUCAGAGGCUUUUAGUGAACUACUGCAGACGAGGCUAUAAACCCUACAAACUGUAAUAAAACAUCAUUGCCUAAUGAAAGAGGUAGUGUAAAAUAAUGGAAGGGGUCCAAUCACUGGGGCCUUUUCGACUUUUGCUUUUAAGAUUCUAUUUCCUUAAAAAUUCGUAGCAGUGCUCUGUUCCUAUGGAUCUUAUCGUAGAAGAACAUUGAUCAAAGUUUGUACAUCUUUUCAUAUAGAUUCAUGAUGAUGACGAUAUUGAAGAGAAAGAUGCAGAUGGUGAUGAAACUUCUUAAAAUGGAACUGCUUUUUACUUGCUAACUAGAUUAUUAGCUAUUUCAACCAAUUUAGGUUGCAUUGCUUGCAAAAAGAUGUUUAGUUUCUCUGCAUUUUUUUUAACCUAAACAAAGCAUUUAAAACAGCAGUAGUAAACGUCACGUCACUGCAACUUUUCGCGGAAAUGGGCGUUGCAACGACACCUUAGGCCAUCAGUAAGCAUUUACUUAACGCACAUAGACGAAGUGGAACAACUGAUAUCGACACAAGAUAUGGACACGUGUGCAAGAUACUCGUUAACAGGAUAAAUAUAUUCUUCGUGUGUAAGGCCCUGUUUUUAUGGAUAAAAGUCGUCCCGGUUAAGAGGUGUCACUCUCCCAGCCGAGUAAACUUAAGUGCGCUUUUUUAUGACAAAAAGGUUGAACCCUUUUCCCGACGCAACAGCUAGCGCUUGUACAUGCUCCGAUUGUGUCGCCUUGACCGAGCUGACCCUGUUGGGCGGCCCAAGUGUUUAUAUGGAGAAAAGUUGACCUGGCUAGGAUUGUGACACUACCAUCAAAAAAGGGUGACUCGGCUAGUACUUAUCUGUACGUGAGCCAACUUUUUUUGUCUCCGAGAGUAAACGGUUCGCAAAGUUUUGUCAGGAAACUUAGGAAAAGUUGACUCGCCCAGGGUAGCUCCGGUACGUAAGUGAUUGACCCUUCGACUCGGCACAAAUUUCCUCCAUAUAAACUGGGCCCAACUAUUGCACAGACACACAUGAUUUAAACACUGCGACAAAAAUGCUAAUUGAAAUUGGUAAAAACAAACAAUUAUUUUAAACUUGUAGUUUGCGUUAAGAAACAUUCAAAACCCUAGUUUAUGGGAACGAAACACUUCGUUGCUUUUUACGAAAAUUCGAGCGUCUGUGAAAUGCGACCAGAUACCUGAAGAUGGCGAAUGUGGGCGGAAUGACGUAGUCUGCCGCUGUGUAGCAGACAAGGAAGUAAAUGCGGAUGACAUUAAAAAUACCGACAACACAAAUUUAGACAUAAAGUUUGUUUAACUGAAGCAGCU